AUGGGAUCCGGCUGCUGCUCUGGGGGCGACCGCGGAGGUGGACAGGAUAUACCUGAUCUUACCCCACCUCGCCACGACGGCCCCUCGAUCGAGACUGGGGAAGCAAACGACAACAACAGCGACCGACAUGACAAAGAGGACAAUCAAGAUUGCUGUGGCACCGGCGGCUGCGAGAGCGACAAGUCUUGCCAUGACGUCCAGGACGACGCAGUCCACGACAAUGCCGACAACGAUUGCGACGACGAGACUUGCUGCGCUGCCGAUAAUGCGUCCAUUGCUCCGUCCACCAAAACCCUCGAGUGUUGCAACACCAACGAGGAGCAUUGCGACGCUGCCUCUGGCCAUGAGCACAUUCACGACCAGGACGGCCGACAUGGGGCCGCCUGCAACUCGCACCUUGCCAAGGCCUUUGAACAGUACAGCGCCUACCUGGAGACAGCCCGCUGCAUCUGCCGCAGUAUCCUCGAGCGUGGUUUGCCCGCAACCGCCUGCUGCAAUGAGCAGUCGCAGCAGACCAAGCUUGCGUCGAAGCACAAAGGCAAGACCAAGCACAGCAAGCACAAGCAUGAACACGCCCAUGGAGCAGACGGUGCCCAUGGAGCAGACGGUGCCCAUGGCGAAACUACGGCCCACGGCCUGCACAAACACAGUCACCAUGGUAUGAAGCACCGUAACAAGGCUGCCAAAAAGGGGGCCGCCAGGCAUGACCACUCCGUUGGUCGGGUCAAAGAAGUCGACGAAGAGUCCGACUGCUGCGGCAGCGAGCACGACAUCCACACCGCGCAGCCUUUUGUCGAUAAGCCCGGCGUCCGGUCCGCUGCAGUCCCUCUCGGAGACAGAGACGUUGAAAAGGAUGCCGCCGGUCUUGAACACAUUUCCCUGGUUGUCGACGGCAUGACCUGCUCCGGAUGCGGGAACAAGAUGGAGCGGACCCUCAAGGCCUCGUCGGCAGCGGUCAGCGGCGUCCGGGUCAAUUUCGUCAUGGGCAGCGCCGAGUUUAGCCUGGAUCCCUCGCACGGCACCAAGGCCGAGGAGAUCAUCCGAAUCGUCGAGCGCGGCACCGGCUUCCGCUGUGCCCGCAUGUCCGACGGAGACCAGACCCUCGAUGUUCUUGUGGCCUCGGCCCAGGCCUCCACUGCGCUGUCCGAGCUGCAGAUCCCGGGCGUGACGCAGAUCGUCCCGGUUGACAAGAGGCGCAUGCGCCUGACCUACGAUCCUGCCGUGAUCGGCCCGCGAACACUGCUGGAGAAGAUUGGCGAGCUCUCGAGCGGGCUGGCUCCGAACGAUGACCCAUCCGUGUCGAGCGGGCGCAAGAGAUUGUACGACCAGCUUGUCAAAACAUGCGUAGCUGCCGUUCUUAGCAUUCCCGUUCUCGUCCUCGCCUGGGGCAAAGAGAGCGUGCACGUCGAGCCGCUCACGAGCGCGGCAGUCUCGAUUGCCCUGGCCACCCUGGUGCAGAUGGUUGCGGUCCCGGACUUUUACAUGCCUGCAAUCUCAGCCCUGGUCCAUUCAGGCUCGGUCGAGAUGGACAUGCUGGUCGUCAUUAGUAUCACGGCCGCCUACGUCUACUCCCUGGUGGCUUUCGGGUUUCGGGUUGCUGGCCGCCCGCUCGAGACGGACGAGUUCUUCGAAACGAGCACCCUCCUCAUCACGCUGGUGUUGCUGGGCCGCCUUGUUGCCGCGUUUGCCCGGAUGCGUGCCGUCGCCGCCGUGUCUCUGCGGUCACUGCAGGCCUCGACGGCGCUUGUCGUCGGACAAAAGGGCGAAGCACCCGAGAGGGAGAUGGACGCCCGUCUUCUCCAGUACGGCGACCGGUUCAAAGUCCUCCCGCACUCCACCGUGGUCACGGACGGCAUCGUGACGAGCGGCGUCAGCGAGGUCGACGAGUCCAUGCUCACCGGCGAGGCGGUCCCCGUUCCCAAGGAGCGCCACGAUACCGUCGUCGCCGGCACGGUCAACGGAUCAGGGACACUUGUGGUCCAGCUCACGCGGCUGCCCGGCAAAAACACCGUUACCGAUAUCGCCAAGCUCGUCGAGGAGGCCGCAAACUCAAAACCCAAGAUCCAGGACGUGGCCGAUCGUGUCGCUGGCUGGUUUGUCCCCGUAGUCACCGUGACCGCCAUCAUUGUGACCAUUGUUUGGAUCGUCGUCGGCAUCAAGCUGCGCUCCUUCCCGGCAGACCGGGCAGUUGCCGACGCCGUCACGUAUGCCGUCGCCGUCCUGGCCAUCUCCUGCCCCUGCGCUUUGGGGCUCGCUGUGCCCAUGGUCCUCGUGGUGGCUGGCGGCAUUGCUGCCCGGGGCGGCGUGGUUAUCAAGUCGGCCGAGAGCACCGAGCGCGCCCGCAAGGUCACCGACGUCGUCUUUGAUAAGACAGGAACCAUUACCGAGUCCGAACUCGACAUCACCCAAGACGAAUAUCCCGUCAACCAUGUCGUGGGCCAGGCAGACGCCGCCGCCAUCGCCCGGGCGGUCGCCUCUGGAAACAAGCAUCCCGUCUCCGUCGCGGUCGCCAAGCAUCUGGAAAAGAGCACCGUGGCGGACCUGACAGACGUGCACGUGGUGCCGGGAUUCGGCAUCGAGGCCAAGCACAAAGGCCUCGUCGUGCGCGCCGGCAAUCCGCACUGGACCCAUACCGAAUCUCACCCGACCGUCACCCGCCUUCAGGACCAAGGCAUGACCAUUUUCGCCGUCUCCCUAGCCGAUACCCCGAUCGCCUUUUAUAGUCUGCGGACCCGCCUUCGUGUCGACGCCAUCGCCGUCGUGAAGCAGCUGCAGCGCCGCGGCAUCUCGGUGCACCUCGUCUCGGGCGACCAGAAGCGGGCCGUCGAAGCCGUGGCCACCCAGGUCGGCGUUCCCCCGUCCAACGUCGCGAGCCAGUACACCCCGGCCCAGAAACGGGAGUACGUCGCCCGACUCAUGGCUCCGCCUUCGCAGCCCAAGCAGCAGCAGCAGCAGCAGCAGCGGCCCAAGGUCGUCAUGUUUGUAGGCGACGGCACCAACGACGCCGUGGCCGUGGCGCAGGCCGACGUGGGCGUCCAGCUGGCAGCCGCCGGGGCUCCCGGCAGCUCCAAGGGCGCUUCCGCGGCCGCCAGUGAGGUGACCCGUGGGGCCGCCGACGUGGUCCUCCUCUCGGGCCUGGACGGCGUUCUCUUCUUGCUCGACGUCAGCCGCUCCGCUUCUCUCCGCAUGAAGUUCAACUUUGCAUGGUCUGCCGUCUACAACGUCUUGGCCAUCCUCUUGGCUUCUGGUGCCUUGGUCACGGUCCGCAUCCCUCCCGCCUACGCUGGACUGGGCGAGAUCGUCAGCGUCCUGCCCGUCAUUUUCGCCGCCGCCACCAUGUUUGCCACCAAGAAGGGCCGCGUCGACGGCGGUGCCUGA